CACCUUUUUUGUCUAUUUGUAAUAAUACUACUGCAUGGCAAAACGUAAAGUGAGUUGCUUAGCUUGUCGAGCUAAAAAAGUUAAAUGCGACGGUGAGAAACCUUGCCAACGCUGUCAAAUACGACAAACGAGCUGUGUUUAUCAGAAACCAGGUGCAGUUGGUAGACCACCAAAGAACGCCGUGAUGAACAAACUUGUCUUGUCCAAGCUGCAAUCGUCGACCGCAAUUGCUACUCGCUCUUCUAUUUGCAGAGAGUUCAUUUUUCAAAACUUGACGACAACUCCUAUUAUGGCUCCUAUUCUCUAUCUUCAUGAUUCACAAAAUCAUAACUUGGAUCAUUACAUCAACACUCUAUUCUCGACUUAUUUCUCGAGACAAGCUAGUUUAGAUGGCUUUAUCAAAAAGAAAAAAGGGCAACUUCAGCUUACUAGCAAGAGAGAUUACUCAACUGUCAACCCUAGGAUUCACAUUGACAAUCUAGUACACUUCUUUGUGUACAUGAGUGCUGAUAUCAGUAAUAUAUUGGUACAGCGUAUUUCGAGACUCAAAUUAUUGUAUUAUGUAAGACCAGAUUUUUCAGCUACUGCCUUGGCAUAUGAUCAUACAGAGUCUUUUUUCGAGACACCUACAGAAAAUUCUCUUAUGAUUAACCCGCUCAACUCAUUACCGCCUCAACAAGCUGUUCGUCUGAUCGAACAUUUCUUCUGUAUCCAUCCUUAUUCAAUCUUGUUCAACAAGACACUGCUCCUGCAAUCUUAUUGGACAGAUACAGCAGAUCCUGUUUUACUCUCUGUAGUAUACGGUACGACCAUUUUUAUAUCCCCAAUCUCAGAAGGAAAACCACUUGAGUUAUGGAAUGCACUGAAUACAAACAAGCGAAAUCCGUUUCUGGAAUAUGCUCAUAUACUACUUGCCAAGGCAACAGCUGAAGCGACGCCAAGCCGAUACCAAGCAUUGGUUUUAUUGGCGACAUUUGAGGUUACAUUCGGAUUUCCAAAGAGAGGUAUGACUUUAUUUGGUACAUCAUGCUUGCUUGCGGUAAGAUUGGGCUUGUUUGACAACACAAUGUCUCCAGGGCUAAGCGGUAUUGAGAAAGAGCUUCUUUCUAUGACCUUCUGGGCUGCAUUGGAGUCUAUAGUACGUGGAUGUGCUGAAUUGGAUCGAAUCCCUCGAGCAGCUAUAAUGUGUCAUAAUCAUCCUCUCCCUCCUUCCAAAAUACAUAUGUCAAAGUCGUAUCAGCUUGAUGUAGAGAGCGAUAAUCCUAGACCGCUUGAAUCAUACCGCUAUCUUAUCGAGACAUUUUACAUCAAAUCCGUCAUUGCAAGAUUUAGCUGUAAGAUAGCCCUAGCAUUGCCAAAUGAAUUCUCUGGAGAACCUACGAAAGCACCAGACAUUAUUAAGAAGCACUUUAAGAUUCCCAAAGACGCUCCGCUUGUAGAAUCUGUUGAGUCCAGUCUGCAGAAAAUACUGGACGAAUUUAAAGAAUUCAACCAACAGAACUGUCAUAACUGGUCUCCUUUACAGAUAUAUACACUCGAUCUCUCUUAUUUGUUUUAUAGAAUCUGUAUUACAUUUGUACAUAGUAAUACUUUGAGUCAAAAUGAUCAUAGGCACACAUUCAUUUUGUAUGAUCUGCACUCGUUAAAGCCGCUAGAUCUAACAAAUGUCAAAAAUAUUUUAGACAUCAACAAAGUACUUCCAGAGAGCUUUGAGGUAAUUGACAAGUCCUUGGUAUAUCUAAGAAACUUUGACGUCCACUCUGAACAAAGCGAUUUCUUGUCUCGGGGCAUUGUCAUUUCCAGUAUAGAUGCAGCCGCGCAAGUACUCAUGUAUUCCUAUCAAGUCGCUCCAACAGACAAAGUACGACAUUAUUUAGAAUUGGCCGAAACAAUAUUGACUAUGCCUGUCAUUUGGUUUAAAUGGGAAACAGCAGAGAUCAUUAAAAAUUCCAUUACUGAAUUUUUAACCAUGCAUCCUCCUUUAACAUUAAAUGACAACGCACUAUUAUCACUUAAUUCUUUUUCACCAAUGUCGUCAUCAGCUACAAGUAGUGACUUUAACGAUACUCCAUGGUUUACAAAUGAAGGUAAUUGGGUGCAAGACUUGAAUAGCAUUUUUACGUUUCACGACUUGAAUGUACCAAUGCAACUCUUUCAAAGCGAAGAACAAACAUCUUUAUCAGAACAAGAUUUGAGUGCUAUCUUGACAGAUUUAUUAUAGUUUGUAUUUGUGUCACAUUAGAAACAAUAAAUUGCAUGAUUUCUGUGUCA